UUUUUAUGAUCAGAUUAUGAAAUUAAAAUGGACUUCAUGACAGUGAAGGACAUAGCUGCAGAGGCUGUUAAUUCUAUAAAACUCAUAGAACAGUUGGUCAAGCGGGUUAAGACAGAAAAGGACAACAAAACAGAUCCAGAAUUCUGUGAUCUCUUGUAUUUACUAGAGGGCAUCAUCUCAACAGAACAAGAUGUGGGCACUGAUUGCAUUCAUAAAGUUUUAGAUGAGGUGUGCCUCCCACUCCUGUUUAAGAUCCACCCCUCAUUUGACAGUAAUGUAGAGAAUGUGGCUCUGCUGACCUCAGUUAGCUCCCUUUGUGGAGCAUGCCUGCUGAAGGCUGAGGAGACAAGAGUGGUAGAUUUGAUUGAGCAGUGCUUAGGGAUUUUGACAUCUUACAGUCAGGGUGCUGAUUGGAAAAGUGAAGAUGGAGAGUUCAUGGACAUCUACUGCUGUGUGUCAGUUUUACAGCAUGUGUUUAAACCGAGGGGAAACAAAUUCUCAUCUUCUAUACAGAAGAAACUCCUGCAGUCAUAUAUCAAUGUCGUUCAGUCUAUAAAGUGUAUGCAGGACAAUUUACUCAUAAACAUGGCCUUAAAUUGCCUGAAGAACAUGAUGAAUAUAUGUGUCAAUGAAAAUUUUGAUAAACUUUCAGCUGUUUGGGAAUUAAUUUGCAAAGAAUUUGCUGAAGGGAAUGAAAAGCCAUACAUUUUACUUUGUGGUAUGGCUAGCCAUUUCUUUCCUGUGGUCAAUGACAAUGUAGUUUUUGAUCUAAAAUGUAAGGAUGACUUCUGGAGAAUAGUUCAGCAAGGAGUAAGUCGAAAAGUGCCCUCCUCCCGGAAACAAACCAUGUACCUUUUGAAGAGGGUGACAGAUAUGUGUCAUUCAUGUAAUGUUGGUGUUCAAAGUGAAACCUUAUUCCACUGGAAACCAAAAGACAACUUACUGGAGGUUUGGGAGGACUACAUACUAAUUCUAGAAACCUUGGAGGAAAAGCAGGUUCACAUCAUUAAGCCGGUGCUUCCAAGAUUAUCUAAACUCAUAAAAGCAACACAGAUUGAUCAAAAUGGUCAAGGAGUAUUACAUUCAUCCUGGCUAACAGCCAUUUUCAGGAGACUUCUGAUGCAUGAAAAUAUCUUUAUUUUGAGAUAUACUGUGGACAUUAUUCUAAAAUUAGACUUCCAGUGUUGUCCAAUGCUCAAGCAAUGUCAAGAAAAGUACCUUUGUGAAGAUUUCUUGCUGUCUUUACAAGAACCAAAAUUGUUCAUCAGAAAAGAGGGGGCACCUGCAGGAUCCAGUCUCACUUGUAGUGAGGCACUCGCAGGGUUCUUCCAAAACUGCUGGCAUGUCUUGGACAAUCCAUCCACACAAACAUCUUUCUUUAGAAGAAUCUUGACAACAAUUGUAGAAAACACAUGGAGUCCUGUGCCCCUAUUAUUGAUUUUUGAGGCUCUGUCAAAAACUCCAGCUAUUCCUAUCUUAGAUUCAGCUGGACUUCAAGAUCUCAAAAAUGGUGUAAGCAGUGAAACAAGAACCUGGGACAGUUUUACCAGAGGGGCCAUGCUGUGCUUCUGUGGGCAGAUUCUCCUGAAUCUUAUAAACAUUGAAAAAGUACUGCCUCUUGAAUUUUUUUUCACCCUCACCAUGUUUACCAGAAGUGAAAGUCUAUGUAGAGGAACAUGUUUUUGGAAGGAGGUUUCUGAUUGGCUGAAGACCGUUACAAAUCUGGGACUCAGGAAUUGGACUGCAGAUGACAUCAAAUCAUGCAUCAAGAAUCAAACUGUAAAAUUCCUGACCAUCAGAGAUGACAAUGUUAGUGUGACAGAUGAAGCAGAUGUUUUGAUGACGAUUCGCCUGAUACUUUUAUCUGUGGAUGCAGAUAUUCUCCCACUGAAAACCUCUGAGCAGGAGAUAUAUUCCCUGACACAUACAUUACAAUCACUGAUUAAGAUCAUCAAUGAUUUUCCUACUCAUCCCUACAUGUCAUCAAUCAAGGUGGAAAAAGCACUAAAACUAAUGGUGGGCCUUAUGGCAGAAGUUGGAGAUUCCGAAGAAGAUGAAGUCAGCCAAUUUAUUAAGACCUUCAUGGAUACAGCAGCCGUAUCAGGAACCUUAUUUAUACAGCAGCAGCUCACAGAGGGAUGGAAACAAAUGAGUGAUCUCCCUUCAAUGAACCUUUGUUGUGAUGCACUGUCAUUGGUUAUGAGCAAGUCAUGUUAUGCUGAUGUUGGAAAAGCAAUGAAACAAUUGUCAAUGAGAUGCUUUCAUUUUCUGCGUACUUUAAAACAGGACAGUGUAGAACAGCAGAUUAUCCGACUGGGGGCGAGUAUGAUUUUGGGAACCAUUGCCCAGCAUGUCACAGAUCAGAAGCUACUGAGACAUUUACUCACACAGAUCCAAUCUGCAUCUUCAUUUAUUCCCUCCACAUUUGUAAAGCCCCACUCUGAUACUUGUAUUAGCCAAAAGGAAUGGGGAAGAAUGGCGUCAGAUUUCAUGACUAGCCAAUGGAAAACUGUCCUUUUCCUCUUAAAGAAUUCAAAGUCAUGUGACUCCUUUGUCACCAUGGAUAAAUGUUUGGAAUAUUUGUCAGUCAGUUCAGGGGAUGCCACAAUUAUCAUCUUCAGGUGUAUCAAGCUUUUAUUACCAAUGAAGGUAGAUGAUGGAAAACUAGACACAGUUGUGGAGGUGCUUAAAGUGUCAUGGGCUUAUCUAAAGGAACAUCAAGGAAAGGGGACCAGUUACUGGCACUAUUUAGAGGCUUAUACAGAAAUGGCCUUCCAGAAACCUCUGACCACACAAUCUAGGGACUCUCCUGUUACACAUAAGCUUUUACAAAUUGCUAAUGACCUUUUGGAGAUUGGUGAAGAGAAAAGUGGGGUAGUAAAUGUGUUGUUGAAUCGUCUGAUCAUAGAUUGCCCCAUUCCAAUGGAGAAUUUCCUACCAGUCAUUGUCCAGUGCUGUAUGUUUGGCCCUGUCUACAAAAAACAGGAUAAACAGUUGAUUGACGUGUUUAGCUACAUAUCAUCUUUAGGAUCCAAAUUAUCAAUCAAUCAGCUCCAACCUUGGUUUCCCAAGAAUCUGAUGGUAAAAGUCAGACUUGUGGAAUUCCUGUGUCAUUUAGAUCCCCAGAAUUCCCUUCAUUAUAGCUUUGGAAACUUCCUCCUGUCAGGUAUAUGUAAGAAGUACCAAGAAAUGGUGACAAUAUCCAGUGGGAACACUUACAGCAACUCUUUGCCACAUCGUCAGAAAAACAGAUUGAUGCAGUGUGUAUUGCUCUUGGAGCCAUUUAUUUCACAGACAGAAAGUGACAAAAUAUUUUCCCUGCUGCUGGACUUUUUUGGUGAAGAGAUGCAGCCUUCUGUAAGACAUUAUCAGGAGUGGGCGUGCAUGCGUCUUAUUGGUCGAUUUCCAAACCUUGUUUCAAAUCUAUGGUCAGCAUUUAGUGUGAUUCAAAAGAAGAGUACACCAGGUCUCUCCUCACUAAUGUUAAUCACUUCUCACAUUGGACCUCUGCAAACCACAGAGUCUCAGGAGAAGUUUUAUGACACUGCAAUAUCACAGAUUUUGUCUCUCUGUUUGGCCCACCACUUCCAAACCCGGAUCCACGCCCUGGCCGUCUUGUCUCUGUUAUGGGACCAGUGUAAGAGACUCAAUCUCCAAGGAGUCAUUAAUCGACACAGCAUUAUUCAAGUCUGCUUUCUCCAACUUGCUGAAGACAAUAAUACAGCAAAGAAUGUGAAGAAGUUGCUGGAGAACUAUUUUUUGGCCAACCUUGACAUCCACAGAGACUACAGCGUGGAGACUCUUUUCCACACAAUGCCUCGUCUGAGCUUGCUGUUUGACGAUGAAUGGAUUUCUCCCCAGUACUUUAAUAUGUAUCCCAAAACCUCCUACAUACCAUUAACAAAUCCAGACUCCACACUUGCAAAGUGCAAGGAGGGGGCUCAAUCCUCAAAAGUCCAAAAUGACAGUGAACCUGAGGGAACAAUAGGAGAUAUCCAGAAGAAGAUUAUGCCAUGGCGACUGAUGAACCCUGACGAUGUGAACAUAGAAGAAAUGGAAAAUCCCAAACAUCGUCGCAGAUCUGAAGGACUGAUCUUGGUCACAUCACUGAUUGACAAGGUGCCUAACCUCGGAGGACUUUGCAGAACCAGUGAAAUUUUUGGAGUGUCAGAGUUUGUUUUAAAUAAGCUUGCCUAUGUGGAGGAUAAGGUUUUUCAGACUCUUAGUGUCACAGCUCAUAAAUGGCUUCCUAUCAGAGAGGUUUUCUAUGCCCAUCUUCCAGAAUAUUUUCAACAGAAAAAAUCACAGGGAUACACCUUGGUCGGGGUGGAGCAAACAGCUAACAGUGUGUCACUAAACGACUUCAAGUUCCCUGCCAAAACACUUCUACUUUUAGGAAAUGAGAAGGAGGGAAUUCCUGCUGACUUGAUUAGCUUGUUGGAUGUUUGUGUGGAAAUUCCACAACAAGGAGUGAUACGAUCCCUAAAUGUCCAUGUCAGUGGAGCUAUUUUGGUGUGGGAGUACAGAAGACAGCACAUGAUUAAGGACAAAAUCUCUGCCUCAAGCAGCUAGUGCAGAACAAAAAGUUCAAAAAAAAAAAAAGAGUUCUAUGGUCUGCAAGAAGUUUAAAAAAUUGAACAUUUGAGAGUAACAGGAAAGGCUUUAAACAGCAGAAUUUAAUGACCUUUGUCCCAAGAUAUACAUGUAUACCUAGGAUGUGAUAGAGUUAUGUGUCCUGGAAAAAAUAUCUAUCUGGCUCAUGCUAAUAUCAUUAAAUUAAGUAAAAUAUCAAAAAAGGUUGAUUUGCAUAGAAAGGAAAGAAUGUGAUGUAAUUUUAACAGUGCCAUAACCAGCAUUCUAAAUGUGUUAUCUUUGAUGAAAUGUUAGUCUAAUGUACAUAUUUUAGUGUUUUUUAU